UAUGUCAUUAAAGCACAUGUCUAGUUAAUUCACACAAGGUUCACUUCCUAUAAAUAUGAGAUUUAAAACCUUUAGUAAAACGCAUACGCACUUUGACCUCCAAAAUGACUACAGUUGAUAAUAUAUCUUCAGCACGUACUCUCAUCACAAUAUUAAAGGUAACUGGCUUUUGGCACUGGCAUAAACCGGAAGAGAAAAGUGGAUCCAUAACAACGUUAGAACUAUGCUAUCGCUUUAUAGUACAUUUGCCUUUAACUUUUGUAUUCAUUUCAUUAAUGUGGACGGAAGUCUUAACAUCGAAGAGUUUAGAGGAAGCUGGGAAUGUGAUGUAUAUAACAAUGACCGAGACUGGAUUAUUAUGUAAAAUUUUUAAUAUAUGGCUUAUGGGUAAGGAGGCGUGGUCGUUUAUUGAUGAACUCAAAAAGAAUAAGCAACUUCAAAUGCGUACGGAUAGUGAAUGUAAACUAUGGCUUGAAGAACAUAGAAAAUUUAAAAGAGUGGCUUUCUCUUAUAUUAUUGGCAGUUUAGUAGUAGCUUACAUAGCCUUUAUAAGUGUACUUUUCUUAAGUAAAUAUGAAUUAGCCUAUGGCUACUAUGUACCAUUUGAAUGGAAGAAUCCUACAAAAUACUGGUAUGCCUACUUUUUCGAUAUGAUAGCGAUGUCCCUAAAUUGUCUCUCCAAUAUCACACUCGACAUGACUUACUGCUACUUUAUGUUUCACAUUGGCGCACUCUACAAGCUGAUAUCAUUUCGUUUGGCUGCAUUGGAACAGAUGAAGGAGGUGGAUGUAAUUAGGGAAUUGAAAAGUAUAUUUCGUCUACAUAAACAUACAAAACGUUUAACACUGGAGUGUCAACGGCUUGUGUCCGCCCCUGUACUUGCACAGAUUAUGUUAAGUGCUCUGACUUUAUGUUUUAGUGGUUAUCGUCUUAUACAUGUGAGUAUCUCAAUUCGGAUUAAAAUUUUUAUAAACAUGUUUAAUUUUUUAGGAGUUAUGGCUUUUCAGAUAUUUCUUUUCUGCUAUUACGCUAAUGAGAUUACUAUUAACGCCAAUCACUUGACUUGGAGUGCCUAUAAUACAAAUUGGCUGCACUAUUCGAAAUCAACGAAGAACUUGGUUUUUAUUUAUAUGGAGUUCUUGAAACAACCAGUGACUAUUAAAGUGGCUAAUCUCUUUGAUGUUGGUUUGCCUAUAUUUAGCAGAACCAUGAAUAAUGCUUACAGCUUGUUUGCAGUUCUAAUCAAGAUGAGCAAUUAAAAUUAAUUGGUUGAGCACAGUCACCCAGGCAUUUAAAUUGGAACGUACUAUAAAUCACAUAUAA